AUGGCUCAGGGAAGUGGUAGUAGUGCCAGACUAGGUGUGUUGCUUGGCAUAUUAUUGUACCUUCUUGCUGCCAAGCCUAUCUUUGCCGCUGAAUACAAAGUAGGUGACACAGCCGGAUGGACUUAUAAUGUUGAGAAUUGGCCUAAUGGAAAGUCUUUCAAAGAUGCUGAUCUCCUAAUUUUUAAUUACUUCAAGGAACGUCACAAUGUGGCAGUCUUAACUAAGGAAGGAUACGAUAGUUGCACAGCACCAAGCGGAUCAAUAGUGUACCAAACUGGGCAUGACGAAAUCCGAUUGGACCCAGGUCAAAGUUACUUCAUCUGUACUACUCCUGGUCAUUGUGAAAAUGGCAUGAAGAUUGCUAUUAAUGCAUCUGAUUCUAAUUAA